UCUACUCACGUGUCGAUUGGGUGCCGCACUUUGCUCUAUGAGCCGAAGCUCGUGCAUGAUGCUUAUCGGUGCAUUAAUGGGGAUGACGAAACCCUCGUGAGACUACUCACAGCGUCCUUAAGAGCGGCUAACACUGACAACAUAAUUUUCAGGGAAUCAUCACCCAAUCGCCUAGAACAACCAAAGACUUCCCCAACCCUGUUAAAAACUUUAUCCAGCGCGAAUGCUUUCACAUCUGUCCCGUCCCUUGCUGACCAUUUCGACAGUGUUCGUGCCAGUCUUCCACACCAGCCAGAAACCCACUUGCCGUCUCGAAGCGUGGACAUCGCGACAACAGACUAUGUAGUGCGAAAAUCCGGGGGACAUCUUUCACUGUCGGAGACGGGCAACAGGGAGUCCUACAGUGCCACCCGUAUAGCGCCUUUGCGAAUAUCGUUGAAAAAGACCCCGUUGCAGUCAGACGGUGCGGCCAAAAAGAGACCAAGGAGGCUGAAGCGGAGUCAAAAAACUCCUCACACUGCAAAGGUGAGUUCAGCAUGUAUCGUUCCGGUUCCCCCACCGCUCGAAACCAACACGACCGCUUCAUCACAACCUGAGACUAUUCUGCCACAAUGCGUUCCGAAGCUGAAUUGUCCUGUUUCUAGCCAUUCUGUUCUUUCGCCCGGCGCCAAUGGUGACAGUAUUGCAAAGGACGUUCAUGUAUUAGCUACGGAUUCACCACAGGUAUGCGGAAGUUCCAGUUGUACUACACUUCCGAGCAGCCCGAUGCUAUCCAUCACAACCAGCCCGCUCGCACGCGUCGCUUCUGAAUCUACACCAGUUUCUUCACAUGCAGUACAAGUGUCCCAAGAUUCAUUAUUUACCAGAGCCUCAGUCCACUCAGAGACCACAUCAGUUGCUACAACCUCAUUUUCUGCUUUGCCUGUUAGCACAACUGAUAGUCUCUCGGUUCGUCGUGUUCCCGAUCCUGCCUUAUCUCAUCUAUUCCAAUCGGCUGCGCUUUUCCACCCCUAUCAACCACACUGUGAACAAGGAAAAGCUAAUUCCACCGCAGGCGGUGGUUUGUUUGAUGAUUGGGUGGAUUCCUCAAGCAAAACGGCUGAUUUGAACGCUUGUGCGAUUCAUCUACCGUUGUCCGUCGAUGGCACAUGUUCAGGCUCAGUUUCUGGACCAUCUUCUGUUACUGGGAACGCGUCGCAUGCGAUUCAAGCUCCACAUUCUGUUGGGGGUGCUGCAGAUAUGCCUAUUUACAUGUCUCAAAGUCCACAGUCUGUUCCUUCCAACUACUCUUCCUAUCCUGCGACCCCAGGAGGCGGUCUACCUAGCAUUUCUUCAGUUCAAACAAAUCCUGUUUCUUCGGUUGUCGCAUCACCAUCCCAUUUGAUCAAGGGUGUAAGUUCAAGACCCACCCUUCCCUCUCCAUCCGUCCGAUUGUUUGACAACCUAGAGUCGCGAACGGAUACCCAUGAACCGAAUCUGGAGGACCAACCACGAAUUGCAGCCCAUGGCCUUGCAGCUUAUCUUCCUCGGUCCAGUAGUAUGCGGCAGCAGGCUGCUACAGAAGACGAUAUAAGGACUAGGCGGUCGUUAGAAGAUCCAAGGUCUGCAUCACCCCAGGUGCCUUCACCGAAUACAGAGCUUUGUGGUCCCUAUUCGGCGGGUGCAUCGGAUUCCGGAUCCAGGCCACAAUCCACUUGCAAAGGUGUGCAUAGAUCAGCAUCUAACACCCUUGAAAAUGCCGAUCACUAUUUUAACGGGGUAACGCCACAGAAGUCUGGCAGCCGAGGAAGGGUCUCCGGGGGAAAACCCAGAGGUGGUGGUAGGCGACGUCGUACAGAACUGGAAGAACUCUGUAAUUGGAACAUUAAUGAUCGCAGUCAGCCAUCUGUGGACUUCAAAAUCGGAAGCUUACCUUCCCUACCAGAUGAACGACAGGUGUCUGAGUUGGCUGCAAACAGCCAGUCCUCUCCAAAUGCUCUUCCUGGAAUAUCAUCCAGCGCUGACAAUUCCGUGGUGCCUAGCUCAGAGAACAGUUCGAACAGACAAUCUCCCAACGUUCACGGAAUUUUCACUGAGGCGUUAGUUGAGCGUGUUAAGCGACGUCGGCAGCUUGAAUCGCAGAAGCGGCAAAACCACCAGUUGGAGCCUGUUAUAACCAGGUCUUCUGAGGGCUCACCAGAAUCCACCCUGUCACCCAUGUGUUCAACUUCUAAAUCUGCCCAAGAUUCUGAACGAUCUCGCACUGGGAAACAAAACACUAGUUUUUGUAUUGCCUCUGCUGACCAUCGUCGGCGAUCAGGCCAACGAUCACACGAUGAUGGUGGCCCAGCCGAUAUCUAUGGAACCAACAACCGUUUCAGAAGAUCUAAAUCAUCUGAAAGCGAUUCAUCUGUAUCACCCGGCACUACUCCGUUGUCUUCUGUGCGAUCUUUCAAGCAUGACGGUUCCAUUUCUUCGUACUCAGGUAGCGUUCCUCCCAACGCAUCGUUUCAUCCACGGAGUCAUGUCCAGGUAGAAACAGGUGAUCGACCCCAUGACCACUGUGAUACAAAUAACCACCCUUCCCAUGAUUCUCCCAGUGCUGCAACUCUAGCUGUGCUCAAAUCCCCAUCCGUUAACUUUGGUACCGAGUCUAGCGGGAAGCGUCGUCGACGAAUCUUAAUGAGUGACGAAGAAGAACUCAAACUUUUGCCUUCUGAGAUUAAUUCCCAAGUGCCCUUACCACCGAAACUGGAAGAAGUUCAGGUGCAUCAUCUGAAACCUCAUCGAACAACUGAAGGCUCAAAGGUGUCAAAUUCGUCAGCCAGUCCAACUCCACCGACUUUGCUUCCACUGAACUCGCCUUUGUUAACGAAUUCUUGGGCAAAGCGCGAUUCCUUGUCAUCUCACCAGCGAGGUGAUAAUCGAAAAAGUCAUCACCUCAGAAGCAGAUCGACUAACUCCGAUCACGAUACAUCGAUGGGCUCACUGAACGGCAAGCGUUCAUCACCUUCUCCAAUUAGAAAACAGGGUCGAGGCCGUCCAAGAAAACUGCCUGAGACUCAAGGUACCGACCACUCCUGUGCUGCAAGUACUGGAGCUUUAUCCAGCGUCGCAUCUGGUGACCAGAGUCAUCGGCGACUUGUCGCAUUACCUACUGUGCCGGUUAAGUCCUCCAAUCAGUGUGCAGCUGGGGCUGAUGCCACUGUCACCAACACUAGUAUGCCAUUCACCGGUCCAGGCAUCACAGACUCCGAUGAUGGCACUUCUAGUCCGAGUGAUGAGCAGUCGACAUAUAGUAUAUCCAGCCUUUGUUCGCCACCCGUGCCUUGUGAACGUGAUCUAUCUUACACAUCUGAUCAACGUUGUUUGACACCGAGCACUCUGCCAUACACACACAGUUCUGCAAUGGAGGAUAGCGCCCCAGAAGAAACGAUGUGGACACCCCCUGGUGCUCCUAACAGAAUCCAUGAUGAACCAGACAAUGCUCAAAACGACAAUCCCUCCUCCCUCGACCAGUCGUCUGAUGUGGAUUCAAGUUGUUCGGAAUUGUGUUUAGCUUCCAAAUUAUCACCACUCUCCUCUAUUUCCACGGCUUUUUCUGCGGGUGAGGACCCCGAUGCGGGUUCGGCAGACAAUGACAGUGAUGUAGAACAGAUACACAAUGAUGAUCUCGUGACCGCCGCUUCAGUUCUGGCUCAGUUCACGGCACGUUUAGGUAAAAUUCUUCGACGUGUGGAGGAAUUAGACCUAUUGAAGCUGGCAUAUGAUAUAAACAUGCGUAAGACGAAAGUUGCAGCUGGUGGAGACGAGUUUGAAAACGAAAUCAAGUGCGCGGAUCUUGUGCCAGAUGCCGUUCGUCUUAGCCGCCAUGAACUAAAUGUCUUAUACACGGAAUCCGCGCAAGUCCGUCUCGCUGGAUCCAUGUACACCAUUCCGACCGGCAGGCUUGUACGAUUCCUCACGCUAAUUCUAGUCAACAUGCAGGCUGGAGCACAUGCUUCCCUUUUGCCGCUAUCACCGGACGAAGUGGUUCUUUACCUUGAGGGGCGAAACAGACAACGGUAUGAAGGUGGUCGAAGAACUUUAGCUGACCAAAUAUCGGAGUCGGUGCUGUGGUCCAACCCUGAGUGGUCAGCUGUGUUGGUCGGUUUGGAUUCGGCGCGAAUCGCUCUGAACAUCAUUGCUGCCCCGGAUAUGCCGCGCCCAUUGCUAAUGGAGGAUCUUGUUGAGGGCAUUGUAUCGAUUGUUAGACAUGUUUUGGACGGGGUUGUGUGUAAACUUCCCGCAUUGUCUAACGUGGAUCGCCCAGCUGAUCGCACAUCCGGACUCUCGUCGAAAGCCCUGUGGAAUUUCACUGUCGAGUGCGUUGGCUAUAGAGUCAGCCAGAUUCUAGCUGUGUUGAGCUGUCUUGUACGUUUCCAACCUGGCCGGUUCACCGAUAACCUGGUAAUCCGUCUGACGGGCCUCUCUUUAGCGAUCCCUUUACAUUGUCUCAAAACUGGACAGUCAGUCGAUCGUGAUCCAAAACGAUUGUCAGCCCAGGUGUUCAAGCGGAUGCUGGUGGUUUCUUCUGCUACAGCUACAGACUCCAAAUCUCCUAACCAAAAUACGAAUGUACCGACCGCUGGUGCUUCUCGAUUAUGGUUGCUUGUUUGGCCCAAUCAUUUGCAACGCGCGUCGCUCGCUCUCUUGUCCGGGUUGUAUAGCCAGUAUGAAUCUCACUGUAAACUGAUAGUUGAUGAAAUUUUUUCUACCCUACUGAAUGUCUCUCCAUUGUCAUCAGCUGAGACCGCCAACAAACCCUUGGAUUCUACGCAUUCGCCUGCACUCAAUGACCGAGCCACUGCAAGAACCUUCCGAUUACUGUCGUCAAAGUGGUUUUACAUGGUUUCGAAAAAUUCGAAGAAUCCUACUUCCUCAACAAACGGGACAGGAGACAGUUCUGUGAGCGAUCAGAAAUUCCUCCGCGUACAUGCGCUAACGGCACUAUUUCUAUCCCUCACCCAAAGUCUGAUACAAGCACCUGGUUCGCCGCCGACAAGCUCAACUAGUGGAGGCGGUGGUGGUUCAAGUACAGGUGCAACACGCAGGUUGUCGGUCUGUUCAUCAUCUGAUCAUCAGGUAGUUGGAGAAAAUAGUCAGUUCUGUAAGGACGAGAAACAAGUCCUACUCAGCUACAGCACGUGUAUGCGACAUGCUCAAUACCUAUUCUCUGGCUUACUUAAACGCGUUUGUUCACGGACUGAACUUGACUUGCGACCGGUGCUUGAAACGGUAACUUGCGAUUUGUUGGCGGUUGCGACAUCGGCUGUAAUAGAGUGGCCCGUGGCUCCAACACUCAUCAGCGUUCUCAGCAGUCUUCUCGUGCAACAUCUUGGCCAAAACAGCUCUAGUAACUGUUCGGCAGGUGCGUCGCGCAACUCAGAUCUAACCUCGAAGCUGAUUUAUUUGGAUACUCUGACAACUCUCGCAAUUGGAUUGAAGCGAAAUUUCCCCACCUCUUCCUUCGCUUUUGGCCGUAUUAACAAGGGUGGCCUCCCGGACCACCAUGUUGAUGGAAAUUCUGUAGCCGGGGAAACUGACUCCCGUAUUGCUGAUGCUGUUGCACAAACACAGCUUGUCGGAUUUCUCUCGUCCCCCAUGUCUGUGAUGCAUCAUUGGUUUCUUGAGCCCGGAGUAACUCCAUCUAAUAUAGACAGUCUGGUUAGUGUUACAGGAACGCAACUGCGUCAACUGCACGACGAAAUAAUGAAGUGGAUACGAUUGGAGUAUGCCGACUGUCUCAUCCUGACAGCUCAACGGUUCUAUCUCGCGUCUUGGCUGUCUGACUGCACUCGCGAACUUGGCGACGUCGCAAGCAAUACCAGCAAACCACCUCCUGACUCGCGCUCGGUGACAAAGAAUGUACGGGAACUCGAACAGAUUCGACACCAGUUGUUAUCUGAAUUGGCGAUGACUCAUCACACCGCUCCAAAUUCGAUUCCAUGGCUUACUGGAUCCCGACAGUCAGGCAGUGCAGUUGUUGGAAGCAGCUCACUAAGCAGCCCGACAUAUGGCGGCCGCCCCAACAGUCGUUCUGGGACUGGUGGCUAUCGCAGUGGAGGCUGCUCAACCCCAAACAGAACUGUUGCCUUUGGAGGUUCUAUGCUGGCACCGAACGCGUCUGCACAACGGUUUGUCUACCAGGCACAUACCCGCCAUUUGAAUACGCAAUAUCGUCUUCGUCUAUCCGCCCAUGUUCACUGGUCCGCUCGGAAAUUGCAGUUGACACAUCCUAUUUCUCCAGGAUUCGAGAAACUGUUUGGUAUCAUAUGUCGGCUUGUUGGUGAACCUUCCGUACCUUUACGCACCAAGGCUUUGCGAUGCUUAGCGUCCACUGUUGAACUGGAUCCGAAUCUCUUCGCCGGUCCAGCGGCUAAACUACCCAGUGAGGUCUGUGACAACGUCUCGCGAGUGCCUGCAUGGCUUCGAGAUUUACCUCGUUUGGUGCACGCGCGUUUACUGGACAACUCUACCGCAGUUCGAGAAGCAGCUGUUGAUCUAGUCAGUCGGCUGUUAAUUGUCCGACCUAGGCUGCUGUCCGAAUACUAUCCUAUGCUGGCUGAACGUGUGCUGGACAAGGGUGUUAGUGUACGGAAGCGCGCAAUUCGUUGUUUCCGUGAUCUACUAACCGUUAAUUGGAGUGGUGAAGGGUCUGAUUCUGCCUCCCGUCGAGCCCGCUACAAGGAAGGUGUUUUGCUAACUCGACAACAUGGUGUUGAAAUGUGCCUGAAACUAAUUCGUCGGCUUCACGACGAUGAAGAAUCUAUCCAGAAACUCGUCAUCGAACUUUUCCACAACCUAUGGUUCACUCCGAUUCCGUCUUCGAAUAUAAUCUGUUCGAAACUGUUGGAUCGUCGUAUCACGAGCCUUAGCGGAGUCAUCUCCGUUUUGCGCUCUGGGAGUUUUGAUAUGCUGGAGGCUUUUCUCAAGCAGAUACUUACCACCUCGGAUCCCACUAAAGAAGAACUUCUGGAAUCAGCUUGUGUUCAGCUGGUUGAUCGUUUACUGUUAUUGGUCAAACGACUCUCUUCUUCCCAGCAACACUCUACGAAAAUUCCGAAACACAAGAAACUCCCCCAAUCCCACACCAAUACUUCACUCCCACCUCCCACACUCCAGUGUCUUCUCGCAAGUCUCCAUCUCAUCAGCCGUUGUAAACCCAACCUGUUGCGUUCACACUGCAAAUUCUUUGUCGAUCUGCUACAUAGAUCUCCCGUGAUGCCUUCCAACAACUCAGCUGUAUCCUCUGGGAGUCAAACGGCCCCGACAGAGCCCUGUGUGAGCAGUAGCGGUGGCGCCAGUAUGGACGUUCAGUGUCUAUUUCACCUGAUCAGCGUGAUUGAAAUGACUUUGGUUUCUUUCACUUCUGGUGCCAAAGUGGAUAGCAGCUUUACUGACUUGGACUUACCUGACGGAAUAACGCUUAACAAAUUACAUGAUCUUGAGCGAAACUUGGUCCGACUGAUCCAGCGUCAAGGGCGUGUCGUUGUGGACUCCUCGCUUUCUUGUUUGGCCAUGCUGACGAACCGUGUGCUAAAAGACCAUGCUCAAGUGGCUGUCUGUUUUGGUCAAUUUUACGGCUUGCUUACCAACUUAUCAUUCAGUCUUCGGAAAGCCCUAUCUACAAAGGUCACCAGCACAUCGGCUGUUUCGUCUCGAAAUAGACCGUCGGUACUUCGCGCCCUUUAUACUGUCGGACUUAUGUGCAAGCAUUUCGAAAUCGAGGACCUAAUGACAACUACAGAUCGGGUGGCUUCAAGCAAUUCGAACGUCUUGGAUGAAGUUGUGGACACCCUAAUGUUGUUUGCGGAAUAUGCGGCAGCUCCACUCCCAGCAGAUGCAGCAUCUGAAGACACCGGUAGUGGACGGACUUCUCAGUACGUGAUGAACGAUCCGGACCUCUGUAGAAAAGCUGUGAUGGGUCUCGGAUUCGUCCUAUCCCGCCAUGAUCACCUUUUGUGUACGAAACGUGUGCGUACAUUUUUGUCACGGUUCUUCACUAUGGACCAUGCAUCUUUGCCGUCAAUGAGCUCAAUGAAAAUUUCCACAUUUCAUGAAAUGCAAUGUAUAGUGUUGGACAAUUUGACUCAUUAUUUGAUGGAAACCGAACGCCAAAUGGUUGCUGACAAUCGUCUAUGGCAAUCUGUACACAAAACGGAGUCGCUCAAAGAGAUAGCAGAUGGUCGCUCUGGACACGGGAGUGCCGUUGCACAGGACUACUUACCAAUCGUUUUGAACUACUGUGCGUUGACCCCGUCAUCAAAUGUUCGCACUUCUGCUCUGGGAUUCGUCUCCGUUGUCAUGCGUCAAGGUCUCGUUCAACCGACACAAGCACUGCCAUUCCUCAUAUGCAUGCAAACGGAUCCGGAUAGCAGUAACCGUUCACGUGCUUCCCAUUUGUUGGUGGAAGCUGAACGUAAAAUGCCCGGAUUCGUAGCAAUACAUGUUGGUGUUGGUUUCCGGAUGUCCUACUAUAUGCAUUUACUUCUCCGAAUCACUGCAUUGGAAACAAGCAGUAAUUUGACGCAUAUUCCACUUGUCCGUGGUUUUAACGCGUCCGACGCUUCCUGCUCCCCUUGUGGUCCUUCGUCCUCCAGUUCCCACCCGAUGGCUCUGAACCAUGGAGUGUACGCAAUGCUCCGUUCGAAUCGUCAAAGCCGUCGAUCUCUCAUCUCCAGCAUCCUUUCUUUAUUUCACCUGAAUCAGAAGCCACCAGAGUCGCAUUUCGAAUCCACUUUGUCCAGUCUGUUACCGCCGAUUGUAUGGAGACUUCCGCUUGGUCAGAUUGUAUUCCUCGCGGAUCAACUCACUCAUUUCCCCUACACUGUCAUGGAUGAGGUUCUCUAUGUGGCGUUCACGGUGGAACGUUUAGUCAGCGAUUGUGGUCCAUCCCUUGUACGAGCCAUGCAACAAGCUUUGCUCUCAUCUAUGUUAGUAGACCAAGAACGCCCAAAUUCUGUGGAGUCGGAGACCUUGUUGCUGAAUCUGCUGGAUGCAGCGGAAGCCAAACUAUGCAACAGCCACGAGAAGCUUCGCUGCAGUUCAACAGUAGACGGGUCCACCGUUGUGAGAUGCGAAAACGACCCCAUAACUCCAGAAUGGGAUGACCGAGGCCAAUUAUCACGUUUGUUUGCACGAGCUGCCCCAUCUACCGUGCGACAGCAAGCCAUCGAGGCCAUGUUUCACACUGGGCCAGUUUGUUUUCUUCUGUUGGCGAUUCGUGCUCAUUUGCGCGAGUUCUACGGCGUGACAGAUAGCAAACUCAAGGAUUACGCACCUUCCGAUUCUGUGAAGCAAUGGGACAAGCCUAUCCAAACAGUGAAGAAAUCAGCACCAGGACAGCAGUCUUUGGCGUUGCCUUCCUUUGUGCUGCAGUGUAUGAAGAAUCCUCAGUGGUUGGAUUUGACUGAGCUACCGUCAGACACAUUUGUUUUGGCCCACUUCAUACGGCUCCGCUAUCAGUUGCUUGCUCUUGAAGGUGGGCAAUCCGAGGAACUGAAUUGUGCAGACGUCUCGGCCGUUUCUGGGAAUAACCGUGGUGGGGACACUGCUCUGUGUUCCACUGUCUCCACGAGAGAGGAACAACCGAUCACGACCGAGAAACAUCGCGUUGUGAACGCAACCGGACGGAAGAUCGUUGAUUCGCCUUCUAAAGCGUCGUCUUCUGCAGAUGUUUCUUCCACUGUCCCUCCGGUGCUGCAGCCCGAAGGUGCUGUGCCACAAGAGAUACGGGCAAAACAUCCAUCCUCUCCCUCUAAGGUCCGUUCUGCUGAGCACGCCAAAGGCGCGAAAGCCCACCAUGGCUGGUCAUCGUCUUCUAGACCGAAUGCUGCAAAGAAGCGCAAAGCACGGUCCCCAAGUACAUCAUCCCUGGGCUCCACCUCGUCGUCCUCUUCUGCCUUAGUGAACAAGAAUAUAGUCUCUCAAGCGGGGAGGACGCGAAUGCCCUCGAGUUCUGUAUCCUCCUUACAGAAUCGAAAAGAGAAAGCACGUUCAAUUCUCCGUGAACGUUCCACUCGUGACUCCAAUGCAUGCGAGCAUCGAUCCGAACAUCAAAAUGAGCGAUCCUUGCCGCGUCCGAUAUCAAGGCACCUGUCGUCAUCUUCGGAUUUGGAUUCUGAGGGCAGUGAGACGCGUCUGUCUUCUGGCUUUGCUGAUCCGAAGCGUAGGCCCGCUUCGGCAUCCCAUCACUCGCGUAAGGAUGUAACCAGAUCGUCAACGGUUUUGGAUAACGCUCCACACCGAGCCCAUAGUUCGACACAGAAUUACCGUACGAAGAUACAACAGAAGCACCACACUGUACCAACAGUCUGCACUCGAGUGAUCGAACAGGGAUCGGAGCCGAGAAAAAGCAAAGUUAUAGGUCAGAAGUCGAAUUUGCGACCUGAUUGUGAAGGAACAAAACAUGGAUCACAGUUGACACACCACCCAGUUGGAACAGCUGGUGCUGUACGUAGCCUGGCUCCCCUACCCGAAGCAAUGAUGCACUCAUCGCACGCCAGUCGGUCAGGUCAACCUAAAUGUUCAGUGAAUAAGGCCAAAUCGAAGUUGUCUUUAUCUUCCUCAUACGCCAACAAGUCCGUUUCCCUGGAAUCCGCGAAAGUGAUCGAUAAGAUGCGUGGUUCACCGUUGGGUUCCUCAUCUGCUCGAUCCACUCAUACCCACACAGUGUCGAAGACUAUCCAAAGCAAGAGACCCCAAAGGGUCCGGCAGCUUUCCGGUUCAUCGUCAUCCUCAGAAGAUAGUGUCCGAAAGCGUUCCUCUUCGUUGUCUUCUUCAUCCGUGUCUUCCGUUUCAACACCAUCCGAUUGCAGCACAUUUAGUGGUUCAUCUUCGCCUGCCGGUGCCUCUCUAGCAGCCAAACCAAAGAAGUCAAGAAAGGUUGUGCGUUGAUAAGGUUCGCAUUCUUACUUGUUGGUUUCCUGCUUACUAUACCAGCAUUUCCUUGUUCUCACUCGUUGUGCGCGUUGUCAAUCGCUGCAUCGUUUCUCUUUGGCCUCAUAUUUCAUGCUUGGUUUAUUGCGGACAUUCCAAAAAGAUCGAAGCGCCGAGACGUUCCGCUGUUUUCGAAUGGAAUCAUUCCUAGUUCCCCUUCCCAGGUACCCGGAUUUCAUAUACUUCUAUCCUGUGAUCCAUCGACACUUGCAUUAUGACGCCUAUGUUCAUUCAUUAGCACAGCUUGUUAGCGUUCGAAGUAGAUUAGAUUUCCUCUACUUCCACUUUUUCGCUCCAUCUACCUGAGACUUGCUCUCCCAUGUACACAUUUUCUACCACAACUCCUUCAGCGCUUCUCCAGGCGCCCCUGUCUUUCCUAAUGUCUUCUAUUUCAUUGAAGUGUAAUAAUAAUAGAGCUUCCUUUCUUUGAACUUUCAUGCAAUUGUACUGCUGACGAUUUGCUCUGAUUUACCUCUUCUCAUUUGCUGAUUCUGUCAAAAUGUACAGUCAAUCCAUUCGUUAUAUUUUAUGCCAGUCAGUGUCCUCGCCGUUUAACGUUGUGGUCUUCGCGCUCAGUUUCAAUUCAGAGAUCCCCUUUUCCUUUGAACGAGGUUCCAUGAUUGUGCUGGCUUUCUGUUGCCUUCUGGUCUGACUUAUGGGAUCAGGCAAGUUAGUCUGUUUUGUUGUCUUUGCUAUUGUUCCAUCUAUUUCUCUUCUGAUUACUUUUAGAUGACGUUUGUUAUUGGUUGUUUUCUUUGUGCUAUGACAACCAUGUCAAUGAGUAGUUCUUCCGACGUAGUGCGUGGGUGCUCUUCUCAACCCGCGUAAUAUGAUCACUGCUAUCAUGUAUGUGCACUCUACAGCCACUAGGCAAACUCGCGACAGUAUUGUUGAUUUCUCGUUUGGAUUGUUUGCUAUGGUUAUUUUAACUUUCUUGUUAUUGUUGCCACCACCGUUACUAGUAUUAUUCUAAUUGUGAGGGUGAUGUGACCCUGUGACUAUUUUUUUUCCUUUUGAGCUCAGCAAUUGGCUGGUCGGUACAUCGGCCAUGCCUGCGUUUGUCCUGAAACAAAAUCCAUGUUUCUUGAUGUCCUACAGCUGAUGAUGGUAUGAUCCACAACCCAUCGCAUUAUUGUGCCUGUUGUAUUUUAAUACACCG